CUUGCUAGAGUUCGCGUUCUCUCUCUCUCUCUCCGUUUGGCAUCAGCAGAUCCACACUUCAUUCUCUCUCGCUUGCUCUCUACAUUCUCGCUCUGAACUAGGAUUUGCUCUUUAUCUCUCAAAACCAAUGAUGUCUCAGCUGUACGAGUCAAUACCAAUGUUAUUUCUACUACUACUACUUUACGCCUGCUCGUUUCUGUGUUUCACUGAAGCUUCAGUUCAUGAGUACAGACGACACAGAUUUACUAACAAAGGCAACGCGUUUGUUGUUCAUGGAGGCAGCGAAGGAAUUUAUGCUUCUCUUCCUGAUACUCUCAAUGACACCGCCAUUCCUUCAAAUACUCACUCCUACAUACGUUUUGAUAAGAUUACAUUUCGGAGGACCAAGGAGUCUGCUAAUGUCAGCUCAGAGCGGAUCCAUGCCGUUGUUUUUGAAGUGGAAGACAGGGAGACCAUAGGGGGUUCAGCAUAUGGGGGUCAAAGAGCUGUAUGCUGCACAGCAGAUCUUGCCAAACUUGGUGUAUGUUUUCAAGGGGAAAUCAUUUACCGGCCUUCCACGAAGAGUCCUAGCUGGCCCAAAGUGUUUGGUGUCUCAUUUGGUGUCAAUGAGGAAGCUGCAACAUUGGCAUCGAAGUUUAUACAAAUCACUAAAACUGGGAUGUACAACUUGUACUUCAUCCACUGUGAUGCAACUCUUAAAGAUUUGGUCAUAGAGGGGAAAACCAUAUGGAAAAAUCCUACUGGUUACCUACCUGGCAGAAUGGCACCGUUAAUGAAUUUCUACGGGUUCAUGUCCCUUGCUUUUGUGAUACUAGGAAUCAUUUGGUUCUCUCAGUAUGCAAGAUUUUGGAGAGAAGUCUUCCCAUUACAGAAUUGUAUAACACUAGUGAUAACGUUAGGCAUGUUUGAGAUGGCAUUUUGGUACUUUGACUAUGCAGAAUUCAACGAGUCUGGAAUUAGGCCAACGGGGAUCACUAUCUGGGCAGUUACUUUUGGUACAGUUAAGCGUACAGUCGCACGGAUUAUCAUUCUGAUGGUUUCAAUGGGCUAUGGUGUUGUUAGACCUACAUUAGGUGGUUUGACAUCUAAGGUGAUCAUGCUUGGGAUGACCUUCUUUCUGGCCUCUGAAGUGCUUGAAUUGCUUGAAAAUGUUGGUGCAGUCAGUGAUCUUUCAGGAAAAGCGAGAUUGUUCUUGGUUCUUCCAGUGGCAAUCUUGGAUGCUUUCUUCAUUAUAUGGAUAUUUACUUCACUUUCUGCAACUCUAAAUAAGCUUCAGGCAAGAAGAAUGAUGGUUAAGUUGGAUAUAUACAGAAAGUUCACAAAUGCUCUGGCAGUGGCUGUUAUUGUUUCUGUCGGCUGGAUAUGCUAUGAGCUAUAUUUCAAGUCAAAUGAUGCUUACAAUGAACAAUGGCAGAAGGCUUGGGCCAUCCCAGCCUUCUGGCAGGUGCUGUCUUUCUCUCUUCUUUGUGUUAUCUGUGCUCUAUGGGCCCCUUCUGGAAGCUCAAUGAGGUAUGCUUACUCUGGAGACCCAAAUGAAGAGUUUGACAAGGAUGAUUAUACAUUGACGCUCAUCAAACCAUCUCCAAUGCCUUCUAAGGAAGUUCGAAGUGCAUCAGAAACCAGACCAUUGCAAGACAGCAAUGGAGAAUCCAAAGGCGAUUUAGAAGAAGACAAGAGAGAGUGAAGUAAAGAUCAUUCAUUCUGUUAUGACUAAAACUGGAUUCACUCAUCCUAUUGUUUGAUUGCUGUACCAGAGCCACAUGAAUAUCAGUUUUCAGGGUAGCAUCAGCUUUCUGUUUUGAUUAAUUGAGCGUAUCAGCAUUUUGGAGUCACAGGAGUCAAUAGGAAUGUUAAGUUUGUUUCUUUUUCCCUCUUCUUCUACCCCUUUUUCUAAAGGGUAUCUUGUUUCUCUGUCUUUUUUUAAUUUGGUUAUUUAAAUUGUUAGUGACCUGUUGUAAGAAUAUAUACAAGUAAGCUUCAUUA